AUGUUAAAUAUGCUAAGCGUGGACGCGACAGAAAAAAAUUCUUCAAAAAGCAAUAGUAAUAAUAUACUAUCGAAAAGUAUACCUUCGAAUCAAAAUGGGUAUUUGGAUCCAAAAAUUUACCCGCCUCUAGAUCAACCACCACCCAUUAAUUCAUCCUUUGUUCAAGAGUGGGCAAAGAAAACUGAUUGGAAUCAGGUACCGAAUUUCCGAAGUACAACCCCGGGAAAUUGUAGCGAUAUUGAACCAGACGCGUGCAACUGGGCAUGUCAAAAGUGCGAACGACCAUCUGAUAUUGUCGUCUGUCCUGGAAAGGAAACAUGGGGAAUGUCAUAUGAUGAUGGACCUUCCGUCUAUACACCAAAAGUACUGGAUUUACUGCAGAAAUAUUCUUUACAUUCGACACUUUUCGUGGUUGGAUCGCGUGUAGUACAACAUCCGUUGACAUUGAUUGCUGCUUAUAGAGCAGGUCAUCAUAUCGCAGUUCACACAUGGUCGCAUCGUAGUCUAACAAGUUUGGAUAAUCUAACGAUUAUCGCGGAAUUACAAUGGACGCAAAAGAUUAUUUAUGACGUGUUAGGUAUCACGCCUAUAUAUAUGAGACCGCCUUUUGGUGAUAUUGAUGAUCGUGUUCGCAGUAUCGCCGUUCAACUUGGAUAUAUAGUUUCAAUAUGGACUCGGGGAUUCGACACUCAAGAUUGGCAACUCCCCGAACACAAAGUAACUCCACAAGAAGUAAUCAUAAACUUCAGCUCUUUUCUACAAAAUUCCACGAAAAUGAACUCUGGAUUCAUCGUAUUGCAACAUGAUCUUUGGCCCGAAACAGUACAAAUAUCAGUCGACGUGAUUCUUCCGACUGCAAUAAACACACCAAAUAUGCAAAUCAUGUCGAUUUCAGAGUGUUUGGUUGAUGGAAAGCCAUAUAAAGAAGGCGUAGCUAAUUCAAACAAGAUCAAUUCCUUACUUGAUGGGAAUCAGAGUGAUGAUGGGAUACGUCCGAAUACUACGAUGAUGAUUAAUUCUGCUUUUUCUGUAAGGAGUUGUGGACUUUGGAUUUGGAUUGCAGAUAAAAAUCACUCAUUAGCAAAGGGUGAACUUGGACAUUUUUUAUUAUAUCAUAAAUCAUUGAAAAUCAUCGGUCCUGGAUAUAAAGCAUGUUACCAGCCAUCAUCUUUUGCAUACAUAACAACUAUAGUCUAUUAA